AUGUCCCUGCAAGAACUUCCAGCUUCUACUACCUUUGUUGAGCGAAAAAAUGGCGCAGCACCAGAAGGAGCACUCGCCGAGCUUGUCACAUUUUUCGAGAAGGGCCGAAAAGAGGAGAGCUACCGUCAGGCCGACCUUCACGAGCGAUCGCUCUUCCCGCUCGCGCCGCAGAUUCUGGGGCUGCUAGAGGCACGCGCGCAUUCCGAUCUCGAGAGGGCGGCCGAUUUUGUGACGGCCUCGCUGUACGUCCUGUCUGAGAUUGUCAAUUCGGAAGUAUCUAGACAGGCGGAGCUUUCCGAGGUACCUCCGGAAGAAGGCGUAUUAGAGGAGGUGGGAGUUCGGCUGCUGACGUGGCUGAAGCUGCACCUCUCCGCGGUGCGCGGCCGCCAGCUCCUCUUCUUCGCACUCACCACUGUCGGCCAAUGCGCGCACGCCACGUGGGAGUCUCUGGCGGCUAUCCUAAACGCGGGGGGGUUUCUCGUCUUUUGCAAGGAGUGCUUUGGCGGCAACUCGCAGCAGGCGACGCUCGAAGAGACGGAGGAGCUUGCGGAGUGCGUGCUGACGCCCCUCCGAGCGCCACGUGGCGUGCGGGGAGGGGCCGCACAAAUCGCGGUGAAAGAAGCUCUGACGAAGGACGGGAUGCUCACGUGGGUCUUCGAGCGCGCGGGGCGCGGGGGCAUUCUGCCGACGUACGAAAAUGAGAACCUCGCGCUGCGCAAGUUGGGCGGCGAGUUCAACCGGGUCGCGGGGCACGUUCACAUUGUCGAGGCAAUGCUCUGCGGCAGUCGGCGGGGCGGGGGUGGGAACUGGGACCCGGGCUACCUCGCGGACGUCCGCGCGGCAGUUUCGCGCGGAACGCGCCGUCCGGCGGCGGAAAACUUCAUGACGUUCUGCGAGGCGGAAGGCGUUCCCGUGUUCGCGUCGCUCGUGGAAGAGCGGAACCGACUGGAGCGGUUUCGAGCCCGGGCGGAACUGGGGGGGCAUGUAAUGCCGGAGGCUGCUGACGUGGCGCGGCGGGUGGACGCCGUGUGGGAGCUGGUGGCGGACGCGUUCAGCCUGCAUAAGUGCGCCAACUUUCAGGCGUGCUCGCGAGUGGAGGACCAGAAGGGAGUAUUCAUGAGGUGUGGCAGAUGUAAAUCCGCCCGGUACUGCAGCCGAGAAUGUCAAAGAGCGCACUGGUUAGCUGGGCACAAAUGGGAGUGCCAGUUUUCGGCGUAG